CUGUAACUUCUGUCAUUCUUUCUCAUCAUCUGCUGCUGCUGCUGCAAAGAUAUAUUUCACUGAGCUGCUUUUUUGUUCAGAUAUUAAGACUCUUCCCAUUUCCUAGUUUCAUAACUACAUCAUUCUUUUUCUGUAUCUACACAAGUUGCUUUCAGAGAAUUCAGUUGGUGAAAAAAGUGUUUAUUCACUCUAGCAUUUCAGGUUCUAUUAUUGUUUUCUGACCGGUUGCUAGUAAUCCUCGGUUAAGACUGUGUCGACGAGAUGAAGCAUUGCAAUCCUGUGCACUUUUCCUUAUAAAAGCUAGCUCAUCUUCUUCAUCUUUGAAGUUUUGAUAUUUUAAAGCUGUUUUAGCUCAUUACUCUCUGUCUCACGCACACAUAUACAGAGAUAGACUGCAACCCAUCAUGAGUAGCUUCCAUGCUGAAAGACCUAAGCCAUGGUACGAUUAUACAAGCUCGAAUCCAACGCCAUCACAAUCUGGUGGUGGAAGAGGAGGAUAUCAAGAAGUGCCUUGGAAGGGUUUUGGGACUUCAGUAGAUGCUAUAUCUUUUGGUUUUGUUGCUACAGCAAUUCUAGUCUCUAUGUUCAUUAUCAUGGCCAUUUUUGAACAUCUGAUAAGGCCAAAACCAACUUUCUCGUCACCUCAAGAUGCAGCUCAAAGAUCCUUCGAAAUGGGUGAAAUGAGAGUUCGGAUUCAUACGCUCGAGAAGCUUGGUAAUUCGCAAAAUGCGCCAACAUCAUACACGCCAGGCUUCUCAGUUCUGAUGCCAGGAGAACAUUGCCCGACAUUCAUUGCCCAGCCUGCUCCCCUUCCUUGCCCUAGAGAAGAGAUAUACUGGCCUUCACAUGGGAAUGCUUUUGUUGUUGCUCCUUAGUUAUCAUUCUAACAUAGUAUUAUAUUAUAUGCACAUAAAAUACCUGUUUAAUGCAAUGUAGCUUUUAAUGGAAUUCCAGCUUGUCUCUCAUGUAAACAACAAAAUGUAGUUUAUCCAGCUUUAUUAGGUAUCUGGAAUUAUCUACCUACUAGUUGAGGCCCUUUUUCAACAACAAUCUGAAACAAUGCUGUGAAUUGUGAUAAUAUAACAUUCUAAAUU